GAUAGGAGGAGGGGGCGUCUCCGCUCGCUUCCGCUCCCCCUCCCCGGCCGCUCCUUCUCCAAUUAGUCAGCCCUGGAGCCUGCGGGCGGGAGCGGAGCGGAGCGGAGGGGCGCCGCGCUGUCCAUUGGACCCAAGCGCCAGCCGAGGCGGGAGGAUCCGGGUCCGGCUGACCGCUUCCCUCUCAACUUUUUCCCCCUUCCAGCCGCCCCCCCCCUUGGCAAAGAGGCGUUUAAGAUCCGCGGCGACGGAAGGUAGGCGUGAGGAGGGAGCCGUCCGCGGGCACCGGGAAGGGACUUACUUGAAGGCAGUGGGGUGGCAGAGCCCUUUCGGAGGAGCUUCACCAGCCCGCAGCAGUUGCAGCAGCCACAACGGCAGAGGCGGGCGGCGUGGUCUCCUUUCCUUGGCACGGACUUUGCCAGCUUGCGAGCGAUUCAAACAAGUGGCUCCGGCGUCACUUUGGAGCGGUGGCUCUGGGAAGCCGGGUUGACGUUGCUGCCCGGCUCUUCCGCCUUGCCGCGUAUCUUCCACUCCCCCCCCUUUUAUUUGAGGAUGAAAUAAUGUUGACAUGCCUUGAAUUAUUAAGUAUCCCCUGGAUUUUAUUAGCGCGCGAUGCCUAAAUGCUGCCUGUAUCUGGUGGGGUCUUAACCGGGCGUGCGGAGGAGCGGCGCACACAGCGGCACAGGGAGCGGCGGGCAGGGCUGACAGCCGGGCUUGUGCAGAUAAGCCGACGGAAGCACCCGCAGAUCACUAGUGAGACAAGAGCCCAGCAGCAGUCCGGCGCUCCGGGGGCCUGGGGCCAGGUUCCCCGGUCCUCCUCCCUCUCCUCCAGCGGGCUUGCUAAUUUGGGGGCGUCCUGCAGCAGCCAGGGGAGAGCGGCCGGUGCCGGGCAGCCCAGGCUCCCGCUGCCUCCCCUCCCUGGGGGGGUCGCGUGCUGCCUGGUGCCUCGGCACAGAUGCCGAUUGAGAUUGUCUGCAAAAUCAAAUUUGCAGAGGAGGAUGAGAAGCAGGCGGCGAAAGAGGAAGGGGACAAGGAGAGCUUGCUAGAGGAGCCCAGCCGGCCACGCCACCCUGACCUGGCUGCCUUUGCGGCCACCAGCACCUUGCACGGCCUUGGUCGCGUCUGCCGCUCGGGGCAGCUGGGAGUCCGGCAGGCCCUCUGGGCGCUCGCCUUCGUGGCCUCUUUGGCCUUUUUCCUCUACCAGGCCGCCCGCUCAGCACUCUUCUACCUGGAGCACCCACACGUCACUGCCUUGGGUGCGGAGGCCACGCACCAGAUGAUCUUCCCAGCUGUCACCAUCUGCAACAUCAACCGCUUCCGCCACUCAGCACUUACUGAUGCCGAUAUCUUCCACCUGGCCAACAUGACCGGACUGCCGCCCAAAGACCGCGAUGGACACAAGGCCUCAGACCUUCUUUACCCUGACCCAGACAUGGCUGACAUUGUCAACCGCACUGGGCACCAGCUGGACGACAUGCUCAAGAACUGCAGCUUCAGUGGGGAGAACUGCUCCGCGGAGAACUUCACUGUGGUCUACACGCGCUAUGGGAAGUGCUACACAUUCAAUGGUGAUCGAAACAAACCACGGGUGACCUACCAGACAGGAAUGGGCAAUGGGCUGGAGAUCAUGUUAGACAUCCAGCAGGAGGAAUACCUGCCCAUCUGGAGGGAGACGAAUGAGACAUCAUUUGAAGCUGGAAUUCGGGUGCAGAUUCACAGCCAGGAUGAGCCCCCUUACAUCCAUCAGUUGGGGUUUGGAGUCUCUCCUGGUUUCCAGACUUUUGUGUCCUGCCAGGAGCAGCGGCUAACGUACUUGCCCCAGCCUUGGGGGAUCUGUCGGGCCAGCGUGAAGGGGGAACAGGUUCUGCCAGGCUAUGAGACCUACAGCAUUGCUGCUUGCAGGUUGCAGUGCGAGAAAGAGGCUGUCGUGCAGAACUGCCAGUGCCGUAUGGUGCAUAUGCCAGGUAAUGAGUCCAUCUGCUCACCAAAUGUCUACAUUGAAUGUGCUGAUCACAUACUUGAUACAGCUGUUGAGGAUUCCCAGGAACGCUGUGUCUGCCCUACGCCUUGCAACUUGACACGGUACAGCAAGGAGAUCUCCAUGGUGCGCAUUCCCAACAAGGGCUCAGCCCGGUACCUUGCUCGCAAAUACAACCGCAAUGAGACCUACAUUCGGGAGAACUUCCUGGUGCUGGACAUCUUCUUUGAGACACUGAACUAUGAGGCAAUUGAACAGAAGAAGGCAUACAACCUGGCAGGGCUUCUGGGGGACAUUGGAGGACAGAUGGGCCUGUUCAUUGGAGCCAGUGUCCUCACCGUCUUGGAAAUCCUUGACUACAUCUAUGAGGUGAUCCGUGACAAAGUAGCCCAUGGCCUAAGGCGCCCCAAGCCACCUAUGAAGAAGCCUUCCGGCAGCAUUGCCACCUUGGGCCUGGAGGAGAUCAAGGAGCAGAGCCCCUGUGAGACGCUGGGCCGCCACUCCGAGGGCACUUACCCCACUGGCCUCCUGCCCAACCAUCACCAUCGCCACCACUACUCGCCCCAAGGGGUCUUCGAGGACUUUGCCUGCUAGGCCAGCUUGUGCACUGCUCCCUCAAAUUGCAGCAGUGCUUCUGGAGCAGUUUUGGGCGCAGUGGAUUCCACCUUAUGCUAACAGGCCUGCCAAGGCCAAGCUACCUUCCCCCACCUCCCAAGGCUUCUAAAAGGCAUACAGUGCUUUAUGCCCCCCUCCUCCUAUAACCUUCCCCCCCGCCCCCGCUGUGCCCUAUCCCUUACUCAGUUCAGCUGGCCCUGCUCCCUCGGGCUUCGUGCCCCCUGUUGAAGCACAUAAUGAGCAUCGGCUGCCAAAAUCAGGGAGAUGGAAUGGGCUCCAGACUGCUCCAUUGACAGGGGAGUUGCCUUUUCUCAGCUUCAAAGUGGGAGGAAGGGCAAUGGGGAAAUGGAGCAUAGUAGGGAGCAAAGUGCGGUCGCAGAAAGAAAAGAUGAAAAUCUAUCCCAGAGCCCAUGCCGGUAUGGUAGCACCAACCAACCAGCUGCUCAGAAGAACCCUACGUGGCAGAUUCUGCCAUUGCCACAAGUUUAUCCCUCUCACUUUGUACUGACCUGUCCAACAUUAAAAUCCGUUCUUACACCUCCGCCUCUUACACCUCCAUGCAUUGCAGACAUCUCAGUAUUUAUACACACAUACACAGAGGAGUCAGGGCAGAACACAAGCUCUGUGUCCCAUCACCUGCUGUUGGGCAGUGCCAUGCACUCUGUUGCCCAAUUAUUACUGUCCAUACAUGCAUCUAUUGUGCCCAUAAUGGGGUUCAAGACACUAUAUAUUGCCCUUUGAAAGGGGCUCCUUUAACUACAUGAGUACUGGUCCUUCCCCAACAGACCAAGGCUGGCCACCUGUCAUCCCUCCCUUACAACUGUAUAUUUGUAUAUAACUGUUUUGGGCUGUGGUUUUUAGCCAGAUAUCCAGUCCUUUAUUGCUGCAACUGCCCUCUGCUGGUGUCACUAAGAACUGCUGGUAGGGCUGGGCACUGACAUAGGCAUCAAAUCUCAGGUUUCCUCCCAGCCCGAGUGCAGAGGCAAACUGAGCAGGGGGCUGCUCGCAGCAACAAAGUUUCCCUGAGUCACCUUUUCCCCAGAUGUACAGUUUCUCCGCCCCCCCCCUCCCAUACCACACUUGCAUCUUCUUCCUUCCUUCACCUCCAAGCAGCAUUCAUUGGGAUUCAGGGUCCAAGCCACAACCACCACACCCCCAGGAGAAAGAAGUAGAACAAUUCAAAGUCCCUAAGAGUACCACAGGCUUCCAAGAGCUCUACCUAGUCCCCCAGGAUUAGGACCCCAGGUUAAAGCACUCAGUAGCAGAAUCAUCCCAUGAAUUUAACACCCCAGUGAGUGGACGUCAAACCACCCUCACAAACAGGAUGUUGACUCCUAGAUGAAUUCCCAAGGGAAGGGGAAUCAUUCCUCCUAAAUGUACAAAGGGGGAUUGUUAAUUCUAGCUUUGUGGUAAGACUCUGAGUAAAAGUACAAUAGAAAAAAACUGACCAAACCACCUUUGUGCUAUGUUUGUGGGAGUAAUGGAGUAUUCCAGAAGGCCCCUAGUAUGUGCCAUCAAGCAUGGAAGAAUCCUCAUGAUAAAAUGGGAGCACUGAAAUCCCACCCCACAUCUACGGAAUUAUGCUUGUUCUCCCAGGGGUGCAUUUCAGGAAGGAAUGUGGCACUCAGAGAAAUAUGCUGCAAAUACUGCCCCCUCACCCCAUUUUCCAGUUAUAACACCAAACUUAUGUAUGUACCAACCAGAAAGCCACAAGCGUAGAGGCACUGGGCUGCUGCCUGCCUGCCUGCCUGCCUGAGAUGUGUGUGGUUCCAGUGGGUUCAGCUCUACAGGUUGCAUGGGGCUUCAUCUGGGACCCAGCCAGGGAUUUUCCCAGGAAUGACCGAUCAUCUUCACAACUUUACUGAGCGCAAGUCGCUGUUUUACAGAUGUACAAGUUUCUCCCAAUAAAGAGGCACAAAUUAGAAAUC